AUGUCACGUCGACGACCGAGAACGAGGAGGCGAAGAAUCGAAUCUAACGGCCGAUCGAAUCUAGGUAUUCUAGGCUAUGGCCAGCAGAUAGGGAGUUCCAACCAAAACCUAUUACCUAUUACACCACACGCAACCGUGAUAGCCGUGCCCCACGCACAUUCACAUUUGGGAUUGUGUGAGAGGCGCGAUCAUCAAGACACAUUCAUGAUUGAUGCCAAGACGGAGGAUGAGUCGACCAAGCGAUCGAAUCCUGAAAUGUUUGAGACUCGGGUGUCUACGUAUGGAGCGUACAAGUUCGAGGGACGCCACGACAUGCCAGACUCGAGAGCGGGAGCCACGAGUCGUGAAUCGUGCGUGCAAUGCCAAGCCAAGUCGAAUCGUGGUUCGUGGUUCGUGGUUCGUGGUUCGUGA